AUGCCUUUUGGUCUGCUAAUCACCGUUGGAGUGCCACGAUAUCCAUCCACAGUAGGCCGCGUGGCGCAAUGGAUAACGCGUCUGCCUACGGAGCAGAAGAUUGCAGGUUCGAAUCCUGCCGUGGUCGAGAACUUUUCGCUCCUCGCCUUUUCGUCUGCCAAUCUCCGCUGGUGUGCCAUGAUGUCCAUCCACAGUAGGCCGCGUGGCGCAAUGGAUAACGCGUCUGCCUACGGAGCAGAAGAUUGCAGGUUCGAAUCCUGCCGUGGUCGAGAACUUUUCGCUCCUCGCCUUUUCGUCUGCCAAUCUCCGCUGGUGUGCCAUGAUGUCCAUCCACAGUAG